GCGUGCGAACCCAUCGCUCGUCUCAUUUCUGCUUCGACGCCCUCAGCUGCCGCCUCCCGUCGUCUCAUCGCCCCAUGUCCCGCAAGCCUGUCGUCCUCAUCACAGGCGCAUCCAAAGGACUCGGCCUCGCAGCCACCAAGAUCCUGCUCGAUGAAUUCGGCGCGAUCGUGGUUGCACUGUCCCGCUCGGAAACUGUAGAGCUGACUGACCUCAAGCAGUCUCACACGGGCGCAUUACUGAUCAUCAAGGGCGACGUCACAGAUAAGGACGUCGUUGCGCACGCGGUCGACUCUACAGUCAAGACACACGGACACCUCGAUGCUCUCAUUCUGAACGCCGGCAUUCUGACGCCCCUGGGAAAGAUCGCAGAAGUCCCCCUGGAAGGCUGGAAGUCGCACUUCGAUGUGAACUUCUUUUCUUUGAUCACUGCUGUGCAGGCGGCUUUGCCGCACCUGCGCAAGAGCGAGCGGGGCGGCCGCAUUGUCUUUGUGAGCUCUGGUUCGGCGACAAAAGGCACUGCGACUAUGGGUCCUUACAACGCAGGCAAGGCAGCCAUGAACAGCCUAUGCAGGACCUUGGGUGAGGAAGAACCUGACGUAGUCUCGGUUGCCCUCCGUCCUGGUACUGUUGACACACCGAUGCAAAUCCAAAUACGCGAGCUAGGCGCGACCGCUAUGACCGAGAAAGUUCACAAAUAUUUCAUGGGUUUGCAGACCGACAGCAAGCUCAUCAAGCCCGAGGUAUCUGGCUAUGUGAUGGCAGCACUCGCGCUAGAGGCACCGAAGUCGAUGAGUGGGCAGUUUGUGAGCUACGAUUCCGAGGAUUGCGCGCCGUUCCGGAAGUGAGCCUAGAGAAGGCGAGUGUGUCAUUGUAUACUCAAUGUAGCGAAUGAAUUGUUCAGUAUCCUGUUUUCAUCCGUUCUCUUCUUCGAUUCGCACCCGACGUGACGUGGGGCCACCGUAACUGAUAGUCUUCCCGUGUAGAUGGGCAUGCCCGACUCCACCACUGAUAGAAUGCCGUUGCCGUAUGCCCACCCGCCGCGUGUCCGCCAUUGUUUAG